AUGACAUCAUGCUUGGAGAGCUCGCACCCGUCGCCGAGAGGAAGUGAACGGGAGUCCCCGUGGCGGAAGAGGCGGGCGCUGAGUCCCACUCCUCUCCACUGGCACACGGAGACGGAGAGAAAGGCGAGGAGGUGGAGAGCGAGCGAGAGUGAGAGAGAGAGUGAGAGUGUGAGAGAAGACGGUGUCCGUCAGUCUAAGACAGGGCUGCUGUAAUGGCCGCUAAGUCCGACGGGGUAUUAAAGAUGAAGAAAAGCGAAGUGGCGUUCACGCCUCUGCAGAAUUCGGAUCACUCGGGCUCCGUGCAGGGUUUGGCUCCGGGCUCACAGCCGGACUCGGGGACGGGAGAAGCGGAGUAUGGGGAAGGAGCGUCUCGCUGUUGCGGCUCUUCGUCCCUGUGCCUCCGCCUGGGCAGGGAGCAGCAACACUACUCGGUGUGGGACUGCCUCUGGAUCCUGGCCGCCGUCGCUGUCUACUUUGCUGAUGUAGGCACGGAUAUCUGGCUAUCGGUCGAUUACUACCUGCGCGCCCAGUACUGGUGGUUUGGGCUCACCCUCUUCUUCGUGGUUCUCGGCUCCUUCUCCGUGCAGGUGUUCAGCUUUCGUUGGUUCGUCCAUGAUUUCAGCACCGAGGAGAGCGCAGCGAGCGCCGGCUGCGCGCAUGUGGACGGCAAGCUUCUUGGUGGAUCUGCCGCGCCCGUUGACUCGGAUGCCCGGCCCUCUACCCCGCAAAGACAGGCGUCCACCGCCAGCAAGAGCAACACGGCGAGUAACAGCAGCAGCGGCAGCAGCGGAGGCGCUGCUCGUCAGGGCGAGAAGAAGAGAUCUGCAUCGUGCUCCUUCUGCAUCUGGCUGCUGCAGUCACUCAUCCACAUCCUGCAGCUGGGGCAGAUCUGGAGAUAUUUUCACACCAUCUACCUGGGCAUACGAAGCCGACGGAGCGGGGAAAAUGACAAGUGGCGCUUCUAUUGGAAAAUGGUAUAUGAGUAUGCAGAUGUGAGCAUGCUGCAUUUGCUAGCCACCUUUCUGGAAAGCGCUCCUCAGCUUGUCCUGCAGCUCUGCAUUAUAAUUCAGACCCUGAGCAUAGAGGCUGUCCAAGAAUUUGUACACGAUAGUGAAAAAGGAAGUGUGCCCUCAUUUACAGUAACUGUAUGCUUUACACCUCAAGAAAACUGA